UGGAGCUGUGAUGUAAUGUGUCUGCAGGUAUAAAUAUAGAGGCAUGGCUGCUCAGCGUCCACGCAGAUCAAUGUCGCUCCGGCUGCAGCCAGUGCGCCUGUCGGUCUGGGAAUGAGCGCAGCUUCCACACGAUCCUCUCUGCCGCGCCGCUGCUUCUUCUUUUUAUUCUCGCUUCACUGGAAAGGCAAACGCCGGGAGGCUGCUUUCAGAGCCAGACCCGGAAUGGGCUCUCUGGCAGCCCUGCGGACCGUCCUGGUCCUGGUCCUGGUGACUGGACUAGCGGGAUGCGUCCCCAGCAUGAACGGGACGGCGGACCGCUUGGAGGCCCUCUACUCCCGAUCCCUGGCGCGGAUCCCGGGGGAGAAGCGAGAGGAGAUCAGCCGGGACGGCGACUAUCUCUUGGGCAUAAAAAGGUUGCGGCGUCUCUAUUGCAAUGUGGGGAUCGGCUUUCAUAUCCAGGUGUUACCGGAUGGUCGAAUAACGGGAGUGCACAAUGAAAACCGUCACAGCCUCCUGCAGAUCUCUCCGGUGGAGAGAGGAGUGGUGACUCUGCUGGGCAUUCGCAGUGGACUCUUUGUGGCCAUGAGUCGGCGAGGAAAGCUGUACGGAUCUUUACACUACAACAACGAGUGCAAGUUCAGAGAGAAGCUCCUCGCCAACAACUACAACGCCUACGAGUCGGUGGCCUACCCGAGGAUGUACAUCGGCCUGAGUAAGAACGGCAAAACAAAAAGAGGAAACCGAGUGUCACCCGCCAUGACGGUGACACAUUUCUUGCCAAGAAUCUAGUGGCCUCAUAAAUAGACUUCACCUCAAUAUGGAGAUGGGGGCGGGGAGGUGGGCUGGGGGCAAUGGGGAGCUCCAGACCAUGAUGCACUUUCACUCCAAGCUUUAUGCAGUGUAUUAUAUAUGAUCUUUUGCUAUGUAUAUAUUCUUUUUUAUUUAUGUUUAGCAACAAUUUUGUAUUUUUUUAGGAGGGGUUGUCUUUUCACUGCGGGUGGGUAAAAUCCAAGAUGUUAACCACAUUAUUUAUGUUUUCAUUUUCUAAUUUAUCAGAUAUGUGCUGCUGCUGAAUGAAAUCCUGUCUUCUGAUGUCGGGUUUCUUUGCACUGAUGCAGUGUACAAGAGACGUUUAUGACUUUACUAUGACUGUUUUUAUAUUCUUAUUGUCAACAAAAAUGUUUUUGAGUCUUAGCCUAAAAAAUUAAUCAGGCACGAGUUUCUGGCACUGCUGAUUCCGUGGCCUGGAGCCUAAUCAUCUCACUGACAGAGAGAAAGAGAGGGGGGGGUGUCAAACCCCCCACAACCUGGUCCACUGGUCUGUUUAUAGCUCUGCUGGGGGGGUGAACUCUGAACUUUUCUGCCUUCAGUCAGACUUAUAAGACUGCAGAUAGAGAGGCAUCCUCUCUGACGUUAUAUAAGUGGAGUAUUUGGGAGUUUAAAGGCAAGGUCAAAGUGCUGAAGUGCAACAGAGACACCAUACCCUUGACUGUGGAACAGGACUGUUCUUUAUGUCAAGUUAUUUCUGAUUGUCCGAUAGCUGUCGGUCAGCUGUGAGGCAGCCGGCAGAGAUGGAUCAGCAGCAUCGCUCAGCAUCGAGGAAGUUUGUGCCAACUGAACACAUAUUUGUCAAUCUGCCUGUGCUGUAGCAAAGUUUGUCUCCCCUAGAAAAUACCAUCACCUCUGGCUUCACUUAAAGCCAUUCAUUGUAACUUUUCUCACAAAUGAAAAAUGUUACUUUUGCUGCUGUGAUUGUGACUUUUAGCCACAGUUACAAGUUCUUGCUUUUAAAUCACUUUAAAUGUUUUCGGAUUUAAAAAAUAUUUGAUAUUGGAAAUAUGUUGACAGUCGAGAGUCAUCAUUUUAUGGUCUGUACAUCCUGUAGUUGUUUAGCUUUGAUUAGCAUAAAAACUGUGUGCUGCUCAGCAGCUGAAAUGCACAUGAGAGCUUCAUUCAAGACUGCGAAUGGUGAAAUGGCGAGCAAAAAAAGAGAAAAAGACGAGUCCAGGAAUCUAUUGGCCGUGCUCUGUAUUUAGACUUUUUUAUAUGGAUUAAACAAAUAAGAUAAGAAGUUAUUGAGCCUAAGUCAGGUAUUGGUUGUCAUAUUUUUCAAAUUGUGGACCAAGCCAGACUAGUAGUGCUGCCGUCUCCAGUCAUAGUGCUAAGCUAGCCAUCUUACUUCAGUUCUUUCAAGGAAUUUCUCAGGCGAUGCAUCAGUGUCAUUUACAAGUGCAUUUCCCAGUCAUUUCCUCGUGCAGUGAUAAACAACAACACACUCAGGAUAAAAUAAGCUCACAAAUACAUAUUGUUCCGGUACGACCAAUUUCCAAUUCCCUCUGGUGUACCCUCUCUUUAUAUAAACCGCUGCCCCUUUACAAGCUUUGCUUUAACUUCCUACAGCAUUAGUUGGCCCAUGCACUUGAUCAGUUUGUAUUUGUCUCUUGUCUGUCUCUCUGUGAGUCUCUGUAGUUGACUGCAGCCCUGCUCUGGUGGCCAUGUUGUCCUAGUUGCACCUUGUCACGUUCCGGCUAUCUUUACCCUGUGAUUUACUUUUAGAAAGGAUAAUCAUGGGAGAAAUAUUUACAGACAGCUGUUUGACUGUACUAUAUGCUAGGGCUAGUAAUCCUAUAUUUUUCUUUAUAUAUUUUGUAAAUAUAACCUCGAAGUAACUGAAGGUGCUGGUAUUCCUUUCGGGGGGAGGACAGUUUUAAACCAGCAGAGCUGGGUGGAAGUUGAUGUCUGAAGGCAUGCAGUGUGUUCGUUUGGCUGGCUUUGGUGCAAUUGAUGAAUAAAUUCACCAAUCAUCAAUAAUUCAGGUCCAAAAAUGGACUGGUGGGAGAUAGGUGACCACAUUUUUGUAUUUGCUAUCCUGUCCUGUAUUCUUAUACAUUUAUCUAAGAGGUUUGAAAUCUCAGUUUCAACAUUCCACAUAUACGGUAGAAUAAAUUGAAACCAGCCAAACUCCUGUUUGAGAUUGUACUGUUUUCUCUGUUGAGCCAGAGUGCCUUCAGUAGAUGUGAUGAUGCAUUAGCACAGAGGCCGACCACAGUGAAUGCUCCUGCUAAGUAUUAAGUGGCAAAUAGCUCAAACAAAUAUCAUGCAAACUGUCACUGUAGUGGCUUUAUGCUGUGAUUUCUUCGAACCAGCAUCACUAAUCUGAGCUAUGCGGGCUCUCUGUGAGAUACAUGUCAGACUUUUCACAUGUCAUUGUAUACAUUGUCAGAAUAAGUGCACUGUCUGCUCGUCUUGUAACAAGAGAUGUUACAAGACGAGCUCUCUUGUGUGCUUGUUUAAAUCUCUUUCCAGCAUCUCAGUUGGUCAGCAGUGAUGCAUGCAGAUAUACUGGUGUGUCUGCUGCUCACAGCUGUGCUUAGUGUUCUCCAGUAUCACUGCUUUGCAUGGCGGGCAUCGUGUUUACAGAAGAAUACCUUUCUGCCCUCUGUCACUGACCCAGGGCUAGCCCUCUACUCCGGUUCCUCAUUUGGUUAUUCAAGAAGACGUGCAGCAGUCUGUGACUGCACAUGCAGGUUGGCAGUCACUGCUAGCUAUGUAGACUCUGAUCACUGAUCACAGAUACACUCUUUGAUUUUUUUUUAUUAUACUGCUCAACAGCAUCCCAAUUUGUUUCCACGUCAGUGCACCCUAAUUACAAAAAUAAAUAGUUUUCGUCAUUGACAAAAUUUGUGUGAUUUGUGUGAGCUGACCAUUUGAACUGUAAAACAGUGAGCUGUUGAUGAGUUUGUGUCUCAGUGAGUGUAUCUUUACGUUAUGCAAAUAGAUAGUUUCAUGACUCAAUUUUUUUUUACACAUCCCUGAACUGAUAUGUUCUUUGCAACUCUGCUGCCUGGCCGUCUGCAUUCAGGAAAAUAUAUGAUACUAUACUAUCUAUGAUUCUGAGUCCUGUGGUCUUGUGACAAUUCGUAUCAACUACUUUUAUCAGUUGUCCUGUAGUUCUAUACAGGGCUGAAUAAAACAUCACUCUGUAUGUGCUGUGCACAUGGCUAAAGUCUAACUUAACGGAAACUGACAAUAAAUCUUGA